CUUCAAGCUUAUGAGCUCCAACUCAAACUGUCUUCAACAUCGUAGCUGGCAUUCGACUCCAACAAAUAAUCGCUGGACACACUCCGUACAGCUCUUUCCGUAUCCCGUGUCAUAGAGUUACAGCACAGAACGCAGAUUGACAAGUCAUGGACUUAUACUACAGCAGUAGCUCCUUCGAGUGCCACAAAGUCAGAAUGAUGCUAGAAGAGAAGGGCCUCCCUUGCCGGCUGUGCCACGUGGACUUAGUCGGAGCGUCAAACCUCGAGCCGUGGUUCCUGCACAUAAAUCCAAAAGGCACAGUCCCUGUGCUGGUUCACGGGAGCAGCGUUGUCACGGAUACCAACGAGAUCCUCAGGUUCUUCGACAGCAUCGGCCAGCCAAUGGGGGGCUCGAUUGUUGACCACGACGCCGCUGCCACGUGGCUGACGCGCGUCGCAGCGUGGGACGAGGAGGCGCUAGCCUACUCCAAGAUGUCUCUCAGCGCGGCGCAGUCCAUCACGCGCUUUCGCCGCCGCGUGUGCGUCGAGCGCAUGGCGCGCAAUCCGGAUCUCGUCAGCGCGUACGGCGCUUUGCUGGCGCGGUACCAGACGCUGGAAGCGACGAUCGCGGCGGGACACGCGGCGACGACGUCGCUCCGUCAGCUGGAGGCGCUUCUUGACGAAGCGGAACGGACUCUGUCAAAUCCCAACAACGUUUUCUUGGCGGGAAGGGAAGCGUCAAUCGCGGACGUCUGCUUUGCGCCGGUUCUCGCGUCAGUCGACCGUGCUGGACUUUCUCAAAAGCUGCUUAAAACGCGUCCGGCUUUAGCGGAGUACAACAAGCGGAUGACUCGGCGUCAGAGCUUUCGGACAGCCGUAGUUUGGCCGACGAGUCUUGUGGCGAAAUUUGCCAACGUGCCUGCGAUGGUCGCACUGGGGUGCAGGAGACUGAGCAGGCGGUACUAGGAGUGCUGACCGCCAACUCAGCUGGAAAUAUCUUGUCGUCAAUGCACGCAAGGGCGUGCGCCACCUCAGCUGGAAAUAUCCUGUCUUCUCGGCACGAAAGGGCGUGCGGAGAUUGCUUCAAAGGGUGCAGGAGAUUGAGCAGGCGGUACUAGCCCAUUGCCGCAAUGGUCCCUAUCAUACCUGAGAUUGUUGCUAUGGGCUGCGGCCUGAGCAACCGAACCGGCACAACUCUGUGCUAGAAUGAUGUACCGGUGUACCUGAGUCAGCUGCGUCGACAAUCCGUGUUGUUGGCUGAGACGGCCUAUGUGUCGCACACAGGAAACCAAAGGUGGGCACCGCACCACAACCAAAGUGUGCUUUGAGGGAAUCAUUAUGGUACUAAGUCACUCUCGUGAAGGGGUACUUAACGAAAAAAGUUUUUCAGGUAACAUAUGCGGACGCUUUGUAACCCACCCUGUAAGGAAAUUCCUUUUUCCUUACUGGGCUCGACUACAGCGCGUUUGCCCUCGACUCUCAGAAGUCCAGGCUCGGCCAACUUCUUCGAUCCCGAACAAUUUCGCGAACCCAAACCACGACGAGCAGCGCUUCCGUGGCUUUCGCCAACCGAA